GUCCCUCCUACCUCAGGAAGAAACCUGCUGCAAACUUCCUGCUGAUCUCGAAAAGUAACUUUCUUCUUCUUGCUCUCACUGCUUCUUUUAGAACAAAAGACAGUGAGCAUGACAGCUGUCCUACGCAGACUGGCAGUGCCGAGGUGCUCAUUAUGGCGGUGCUUGGCUGUGUCUCUGCGGGAAACGCAACGACUAUAUCACAAUGCGUUAAACCGGGACGGGACGCGAGUACUGGCCGGGGGAAGGAGCUCUCUCGCGGCCUGCUGUCGCUCUGAGAGCCGCUGGCAGCACACAGAGGCGCAGGAGUCCGUGGAGGUGGACCUAAAGCGGUUAGAGGGACAGGACGAGGGGAUAGCAGAAGUGCUGAUGUGUCAACACAGAGCAAGAAACGCUCUCGGUCUUGUGUUCGUGUCACAGAUGAGGGAGCUGAUGUCCACUCUGUCCAAUGACUCUGCAGUUCGGGUGGUGAUCUUCAGGAGUUUAGUGCCGGGGGUCUUCUGUGCAGGUGCUGACCUGAAAGAACGAGCUCUGAUGAACAACUCCGAGUCUGAUUUGUUUGUUCAUGGCCUGCGCUCCCUCAUGACUCAAAUAGCAUUAUUACCCACACCCACCAUCGCAGCGAUGGAUGGCGUCGCCCUAGGAGGUGGACUAGAGCUCGCCUUGGCCUGCGACCUGCGCACCGCCUCAUAUUCAGCCCAGAUGGGUCUGAUAGAGACGACACGAGGGCUUCUCCCAGGGGCAGGGGGCAGUCAGCGGCUGCCGCGCAUGGUAGGCAUCACUCUGGCCAAGGAGCUCAUAUUCACAGGUAGGCGUGUGGGAGGGCAGACUGCUCUAGAGAUGGGGCUUGUAAACAAAGCUGUGGAGCAGAACCAGACUGGAGAUGCUGCUUAUAAAGCGGCUUUGACCCUGGCCAGAGAGAUAUUGCCCCAGGCUCCUGUUGCUGUCCGGAUGGCCAAAGAGGCAAUAAACAGAGGCGUUGAGGUUGACAUUGGGUCAGCAAUGGCAAUAGAGAGGAUGUGCUACGCCAGGGUCAUUCCCACACGGGACCGACAGGAGGGCAUGGCUGCCUUUAUCGAGAAGAGGCCUCCCCGGUACAUCGGGGAGUGAAAGUGCCCCACCAAUUUGCCCACAUGCAUUUGAAACAAGAUGUUUAAAAAACAAAGACUCAGUCUUGUUUUUUUCUCAUUGUCUGAUAUCAAAUCCGACUGAAGAGUUUUUGGUCAGUUAGGACUUGAAAAUGAUUUUGAUUUAAUAAAUGCCAGAAUAAUGUGAGAUUGUUUAAAAUACUCCAUUACCUUGUUGAAAUUCAGAGUAUACAUGCACUAAGAUUACUGUACCUUUUAAGCAAUUUGGAAAAAUCCUCAUGAUGAUGUCAUGAGUUUGUAAGCUUCUGAUAGGUAAAGUCACAACAUUUGCACUAAAUGAAGGAGAGAAAGAAUUCAAAAGAAAUCAGCCAGGCUUCAGGAAGACAAUUGUGGACCUCCAAAAGUCUGCGUCAUCUUCAUCUUACGUAUAAUUUCCCAAAAAUGAAAUUCACCGUGGGAAUGUCCAUACUGUUCAUAUAUAACAUACUGUUCAGGAUGUAGACGGGUUCUGUUCUCAGCCUCUUUAUCCACAGUUAAGUCCUCUGUCCCUACAUGGACCCUAAUUUUUGGAUUUAUGUCCUGUGCACUGAUUAAAUUACAAUCAAAGUG